UUGUCAGAGCCUGUCCAAUCACAUUGAGGCAUCGGAGGCGGCGUUUCCGCUGUUUUCUUCCGGGACGCUGCUGUCACGCACACAAAAAAAAAAAAAAUGGCUUCUCUUGACAGAGUAAAAGUGUUAGUUUUAGGAGAUUCCGGCGUGGGCAAAUCGUCCUUGGUCCAUCUCCUGUGUCAGAAUCAGGUGCUAGGAAAUCCCUCGUGGACCGUUGGCUGCUCGGUGGACGUCCGGGCUCAAGACUAUAAAGAGGGAACCCCGGAGGAGAAAACCUACUACAUCGAACUCUGGGAUGUCGGAGGAUCUGUGGGCUGUGCCAGCAGUAUCAAAAGCACCAGAGCGGUCUUCUACAAUUCAGUUAAUGGAAUCAUAUUGGUACAUGAUUUGACAAAUAAGAAAUCCUCUCAGAACCUUUACCGUUGGUCACUAGAAGCUCUGAAUAAGGAUUCCUCCCCAACAGGAGUCAUUGUCUCAAAUGGCAGUGACUACGACAGAGAGCAGUUUGCCGAGAACCCCGUGCCUCUGCUGCUAAUUGGCACCAAGUUCGACCAGAUCCCAGACAACAAACGCAAUGAAGUCCUCACCCGAACGGCCUUCCUCUCCGAAGACUUCAACGCAGAGGAGAUCAAUCUCGACUGCACGAACCCGAGGUACCUUGCUGCAGGCACAUCCAAUGCGGUCAAGCUAAGCAGGUUUUUCGACAAGGUAAUAGAGAAGAGAUAUUUCACAAGAGAUCCAAGUCAGAUGACGGGUUUCACAGACAGAAAACGGUUCAACUUCAAAAGUUUGCACUAUGACUGACUGAGGCAUGAAUGCAACAGCAGUGGUCUGUGGUUCGAUCAGAGUGCGUGUGGAAUUUUCCAACACAACCACCACACUUACUGAAAAUACUUUCUAUCUCGGUCCUCUGACCACCGUUUGCAACGCUGCCAUUUCUCCAGUGUGUCAAAACACACUUUCAUCCAAAAAUGACUGCUACAAAAUAUAGACAUUUUAAACAAAGUUUUAAGAAUAAAGAUAUAUAUGUAAAUAGUUGACAAGGCGUGCACUGAACUUUUUCAAGAGGAAAUACUUUGGAAAUGAAGACGUGCUAUAGCAAGGUGAUAUACAUUCUAAAAAUGAACACAGAGAUUUUGUGUUAAAUAACCUAAUUUCAAGAAUCUCUUUUAUAUAUUUCUUUCAAAUUCAAAUUUACCCUGCUUCGUGAAUUCCUUUUUCAAAGUAAGACUUUUAAUUAACUGUUUGGUUUAUCAAGCCAUGUUAUUUAACAAUCAAGAGAAGAAAGGGAAAUAUGCGUGGCCUCUGAAUAGUGGCUCCUAGGACAUUCCCCUAUUCCUGCAAAAUUUUCUUGAUCCAGGGAAGAAAGAAAUGUAAUUUAGUGAAGACAUGGGGAUACUUGGGAUUAUUACAUUCAUUUUCGCAAGUGAAAGCUGUGAUGCCCUGUGGUUUGCUGUUGCAGAUAAGUGGUCCGCCGGAAUCCCCCUGUAGGAAAAAGUCAACAGAAAGACAUGAUUGAUUAGUUUGUGGAAAGACAGCAUUUGCUCUUCAUGAAUAAAAGAAAAUAAUCUGUGAAAUGA